AUGAACGCAUUUCGGCUAGAUAAGAUCCCUGAAAUCCUAGUUCUCGCUUCGACUAUACCUGCAACUGUGCAGUUCCCUGAGUCCUUGGUUCCCGGAGACACGACAUUAUGGACCAUUGACUUCCCUGAUGACAAUGAAACCUCGAGGAUUUCCGGGUAUGAACUUUGGAAUCCCGGACCUACACAUGCACGCCUCGAGAAGUCCUCGAAGGACGGGAUCCACCUGAUAAUCAAGGGACCAACUCGCAUCCCACUCAUCAUGAUCGAGCCUCGAGCGCCGCGAGGCAGGCACGUUGCUCUGGAUCCUCGAGUCCUUCAAGGAACUCACCACACCUGA